AUGCCAGGAAAGCUCAUGUCAUGGCCCGACUGGCCUGAAUUCACCCCCGGCAAGGCCGAAACUGGCGAUGAUCUGAUCGCCUACAAGAAGGCCAUCGUGGACCAGUAUGGACAAGACGCCCUGGUCAAGAGUUGGCUCAAGGUCUGUAAGGAGUUGGAGUCGGUGACGGACAGGAUCGCCGAGCUGGGGUCAUCGGCCAUCCCGGAGGUCUCGUUCGAUGACAUGUUUACCUUGUCCCCCGAGAAGAAGGAAGAACUCAAGAAUGUGGGAUGUUUUGUCGUUCGCGACGUGUUCACUAGAGAACAGGCGGAUGAGUGGUUCUUGAACUUGAAGGAAUACGUCGCGGCGAAUAGGUCGUCCAUCGGAGGAUGGCCGGCCGAAACACCAUUCAUACUCAACCUUUACUUUUCCCCGACUCAAAUCGCGGCACGUUCACACCCCAAUCAGCUCAGGUUGUCCACCGAGUUGAAUUCGUGGUGGCACGACGACGAAGGGACGACGACCCCGGAGCCACUGUCGUACGCCGACGGGGUCCGCAUUCGGCCUCCCGGGGUGCCCUUCAGGGGGUUGGGCCCGCACAUCGACGCGGGCAGCCUGUGCCGCUGGGCUGACCCGAUGUACCGGUCCUUUUACGACGCCGUCUUCUCCGGUCGCCCGGAGGAUCUCGACUCGUACGACCUCACGAAGCGCAAGAAGGCCAAUCAGGCCAUGUUCGCCGGGUCGGCCCACUCUCGCGUCUUCCGGAGCUUCCAGGGGUGGACCGCCCUCACGUCGGCGGGGCCGGGGGAGGGCAGUCUCAUGCUCUACCCCGACGUCAAGUGGGCAAUGUCGUACCUCUUGUUGCGCCCCUUUUUCCGCCCGCCGUCGGACGAGGCGGACGUCAUGGACGCCACGAGAUGGACCUUUGACGCGGCGGGGGAGUCCCCGUGGUUCCCGGGGACCUUCCGGGACGACAGUCAACUCCUGAGUCCCUCGUCCCACCCCCACCUGCGCCUCCCGGAGUGCAUGGUCGGCAUCCCGCGCAUGAACCCCGGCGACACCGUCUGGUGGCACGCCGACAUGUGUCACGCGGUGGAGGUGGAGCACAACGGCGACCACGAGGCCAGCGUGGCCUACAUCGCCGCCACGCCCCGGACGGAACAGAACAUGAACUACGUCAAGCAUCAACUGGAGGACAUGCUGAACGGGAUCCCGCCCGAGGAUUUCCGGAGAGGGUCGUCCGAGAAGACCUUCAGGAUGUUCACCGGGGAAAAGAGCAACCUGGGUGGCGAGGCCGGCCGGAGAGCCAUGGGGUUCGAUCUGAUCGUUUAG